AUGUCGCCCAAAGAUUCCCCCGUCUCCUCCGCCACCGUGCCCCCGUCGCCGCCGUCCUCGCCGAAACAACAUUGUCCCACCGUCGACCGCCUGCUCCGGAUUAUCCGCCUCCACAAAGCCGGAUCCCGCCCAAACCACCCCGAGGAAUACCGACCAUUCUCUCUCCCAGCGGCCCAGUUAGAAGAGUUCCAACAACGCCUCGGACAGCAGGGACUAGACGGUUAUUUUGGGGACAAGCUCCGUUGGGACUACGACCCGCGCGAGAGAGGAGGGUCGUUCAAGCUCCGCAUGCCCAGUCAGGUGCAUGAGAGGUUCACGGCGUUGGUCGAUGAUGCCAUCUACGAGUCCCUCAAAGGCUUGUCGGUUGAGGUGAAGGCUUUGGAAGACGUAUACAAAGGACGGAGUACCACCAUCGCCUUACACGCCCCUCAACUCGAGAAUUCCAGCCAAGAAAGCGAGCAGGAGGAUGUCGUGGCGCACCGCAGCCCCGAUGCCACAUUCUACCACUGUUCCCGGGACGCUUUGCCCAUGUGCGUGGUCGAGGUCAGUUACUCCCAGCAGAGGAAGAGCCUGCCUCGGCUGGCGGAGACUUACAUUGUGGAUUCGAGACACAAGAUCAGAUGUGUGGUGGGACUGGAUAUUGCGUAUGGGACCGGAAGCAAGGAGGCGAGAGUGAGUGUUUGGAGGCCCGGGACGGAAGUCGAUGAGGAUGGAAAGAGGGUGGGGGUUUGUCGGUGUGAUGUUGAUGCGGUCGUUGUGAGGGGGAGUGACGGGAGCGUGGGGGAGGGGGAGUUGGUUUUGAAUAUGCGGGACUUCGUUCCGAAGAGGUUGCUUGAAGAAGCCGAUGCCGACAAGACAAUCGCAAUACCCUUCGCCCGCCUCGCAUCCUUGCUCGCCGCCGCCGAAGCCCGCUCCUCCACCACGAGCCCGCCUCGAAGCCGCUCCUCCACACCUGAGACGUUCCGCAAGAGAAAGCGAUCCCCAUCAGAAGAGUUGUCAGAUGGUCGUGAGGCGGCAUACUUGAGGCUGGAAGAGGCCGAGCUGGAGAAAGAGACGACGUUGGAUGGGGAGUGGACGGGUCCUGGGUGGACGCAGGAGGAGGGCGGGGUGGAGGUUGUGGAGAGGAGAAGGAGUAGUAGGAGUAAGAGUGCGAGGGUGGUUGGGGAGGCCAGUUGA